AUGACCUCGGGCCAGCUGUCCUUCAUCAUGGCAGGGGUUGGGGGUCUCCAAGAAGGCUUGGGAGUCCUCACUUUCUACUUCAAACGAAACGACUCAGCCCAGCUGUCGCUGGUGCAGCUGGAUGCUGUUGCGUCGCAGCUUUCUCAUGGCAAUGUGGUCCGGGGACACUCAUCAUUUGCAAUGGUAAGGAAUUCGGCACACUGGCUAUUCUGGGGCCACAUGCCCAGCCCCACCUUCGACAAGGUCCCUCGACCAGAUGUCAGAAAACCUCCGGGACGCCUCUUCACGCCCAGGCCCUGGGCCCUAGGAGCUGAGCUGCACACAUUUACAGAAGACGCGUGUAGGUCCGCAGCACUCGGGGCUUUUUCUGGGGAACCCCCAUAG